CGAAUUUGAAGACUGUUUCAUACGAUGGAUGGACACAGAACGGAGGCGAAGGAGACGGUGGUGCCGCCAGAGGUGACGGCUGAGUUGACGCAGAUUCUGUCAAAUCUUGUGUUGGGCGACAACCAGAUCCGUUCAAAUGCGGAAAAUGCAGUGAACGAGAGAUUGGCUACGUCGCCAGAACUGUACUUGCUAGCCUUGGCUCAGUUUGCCCAGUCUUCAGACAACGAGGUGAUGCGGUCCUUUGCGCUCGUUCUUCUGCGCCGCUUGCUCUUCCGCACACAACCCAACACGAGCAUGACGCUCUACGACCACCUCUCCUCGCACGCGCUCACGACGCUCGAGCGCCUCCUCCUGCGCAUCCUCAGCACCGAGCCCUCGCCCGUCGUGCGCCCCAAGGCCGUCGACACCAUCUGCGACCUCGCGAACAACUCGAUGGGGCGCGGCCGGCCGUGGCACGCGCUCCAGGCGCAGGCGUUCAGCAUGACGCAGAGCGAGGACGCGAACGCGCGCGAGGGCGCGUACCGCGUGCUGAACGGGUGCCCGAAUCUGAUCCUUGAUUUGGACAGCGCGACAGUGGUCGGGCUGUUGCAGAAGGGGCUGCAGGAUACGCAGUCUACCGAGGUCCGCCUCGCCGCCCUCCGCGCCUCAACAACGUACCUCUCCUCGUGCGAGCCGCACCAGCUCCCGCAGUGCCUCUCGCUCAUGUACCCCAUCCUCGACACGCUCCCCUCGCUCCCGAACGCGCAGCUCCCCAAGUUCCUGGGCAGCCUCACCCCGCUCGCGUCCUCGCACCCCUCGCUCUUCGCGCCGCACAUGCCCGCGCUGCUCACCUUCCUCGGCGCGCUGCUCGCGCCCACCGCCGACCCCGGCCCCACGCCGACCGUCGCGCGCCCGAACCCGAGCGCGUUCGCGUUCCCGCCGGACAAGGCGAAGGGCAAGGAGCCCGCGGAGCCGGACGUGGACGAGGAGCGCGAGGAGGUAAGGAAGGCGGCGCUCGAGCUGAUGAUCAGCCUGAGCGAGGCGCGCCCGGGGAUGGUGAAGCGCGUGAGUGGGUGGGUGCCGGUGAUCGUGCGGGGGUGUCUGGAGGGGAUGGGCGAGCUGCCGGAUGAUUCGCUGGAUAUGUGGUUAGACGCUGACCCGGAUGAUGACCCCACGGACGACACUUACCCCCAUAUCUACGAGCACAGUCUCGAUCGGCUGGCUAUCGCCCUGGGCGGUAAGGCGGUCCUGCCGCCCGCGUUCCAAUACAUCCCAGCCAUGCUCGCAAGCCACGACUGGAGACUCCGACACGCAGGCCUCAUGGCCAUCGCUGCCGUAGCGGAGGGUACAUACAAGAUGAUGCAAAAUGAGCUGGGCAAGGUCGUAGAACUGGUGGUCCCUAUGUUCAAGGACGAGCACCCGCGCGUGCGGUACGCAGCUUGCCAAUGCGUCGGACAGUUGUGUACGGACAUGGAAGAAGUCAUCCAAGAAAAGUACCACCAAGAGCUCUUCAACGCCCUCAUCCCCACGCUCGACGCCCCCGAGCCGCGCGUGCACGCCCACGCGGCUGCGGCGCUGAUCAACUUCUGCGAGGGCGUCGCGCGCGACACCCUGAUCCCGUACCUGGACCCGAUCGUGGAGCGCCUCCUGCGGCUACUGAACCCGAGCGGCGACAGCGGGCGCGUUGUCAAGCGGUACGUGCAGGAGCAGGCGAUCACGACGCUCGCCAUGGUCGCCGACGCCAGCGAGGCGACGUUCGCCAAGCAUUAUUCGUCGAUCAUGCCGCUGCUGCUCAAUGUCCUGCAGAAUGCGAGCGGGCCGGAGUACCAGAAGCUGCGCCUGAAGGCGAUGGAAUGCGCGGGGCUGAUCGCCAUCGCGGUGGGCCGUGACGUUUUCCGUCCUGAUUCCGCGCUCUUCAUCGAGCAGCUGAUGCGCAUCCAAAAUAGCCCCGUCGAGGCGGGCGACACUAUGCUGCCGCACUAUCUGAUUGCGACGUGGGCGAAGGUGUGCCAGGCGCUGGGCCCGGAGUUCGAGCCGUACCUCCCGGUGGUCAUGCCCGCUCUAUUGCAAGCUGCGAGCGCGAAGGCGGACGUCUCGAUCUAUGAAGACGAUGACGAGGAGCACGAGGAGAAAGAGGGCUGGGAGACGAUCUCGAUGGACGGCCAGCAGGUCGGGAUCAAGACGUCUGCCAUCGAAGAGAAGUGCCAGGCCUUCGAGACCCUGGUCAUCUACUGCUCGACCCUGCAGUCCAAGUUCGCGCCGUACCUGCCCCAGAGCUUGGAGCUCGUUCUUCCGUCGCUGCGGUUCUACUUCCAUGACGGCGUCCGCGAAGCGUCCGCCCUAUUGAUCCCGAUGCUCCUGGCGUGCGGUAAGAAUAGCGGGACCCUCACGCAUCAAAUGGUCGAAGCUUCCUUCACACAGCUCGUCAACUGCAUCGCGUCCGAGAAUGAUGCCUCGUUCCUCGCUUCUCUCUAUAGGUCCUUCACCGAUUCUCUGCGCGUCAUCGGCGGGUCAAGUAACCUGCCGUAUGAGAUACAAGCGCAUGCUGUCGAUGCGACGAAGCGUCAACUUCAAAUGCUGGCGGACAGACGUAAGAUGCGAGCAUCGAGGUCGCAGGCUGAGUUGGAGGACGAGCGCGAAGACAUCGCGCUGCUUGAAGAGAUGGAGGACUUCGCGUUGGAGGAUAUGGAAAAGAUGCUUGCAGCUUUCGAUAAGAACCACCCCCUCAUUGUCGCUAUCGCAAGUGUCAAGGACCUCGGGUUGCAUCUGGGUGAAUGGAGCGAGGGGGAGGGUGACGCGGAAGGUUGACACACCCAUAGAUUGCUUCUGUUGUUUUCGUUUCUUUGCGUUUGUAAAGAAUGUACAUAUACAUCUACAUCGACAUAUCACGUCCGGAGCAUCGGCGUGACAUUUACACUUCCCUCCACUUUGGCUUUCCAUCGGAAUCAAUCCAUCGCAGCCUGCUUAGUCUGUUUCC